AGCCGCCAGUUGAGACCGUUUGGAAUCUGCCACCGAGAGAAACGUUACGUUGAUUCUGACGUUACAAACGUGAUAUUUAAUGGUUAUUACUAUUUAAUAGUUAUAGUAUGUUAUCACUGUAUGUUGCUUGACGAGGAAUUACGUGUUAUAAAGUAAUUUAUUCAUCAAACACUCCACCAACGAAGUCCGUUUAAUGACUAACGGCUGUUUGUUUUUUUACGUGAGCUAAUGGUUGACGUUGGAUAACGACGCUAGAUACCUUAAGUUGUGAUAAAAACUUGUCUCACUAAAACCAGUUGACUAGUUCUCUAAACGACACUUAUUACUUAAUUAAAUUAACCUGAAAAAACCAUAAAUUAUAUGUAAAAGUUUCUACUUACGUUAUGUUCGUGUAGAGAUGCGCGGCGACGUCUUUAGGUCGGAGGUUACCGGGGCUUUAAAAUCUAACGGGGUUUCCUGCGCGGGAAGCAGGGGUUACGAAAGAACGUCACGGACAACCGCCAAACAGAGGCUGGAAAUGACGUAGCAGUUACAUAGUUAUGUGGAGCCACGACUCUGUGGACGACAUGCUGGACACUGAGAACAAACGCCUGGCUGAGAACCUGGCCACCAAGGUCUCCAGAUUGAAGUCGCUGGCGUACGACAUCGACAGAGAGGCUGACGACCAGAACGAGUAUCUGGACGGCAUGGACUCUAACUUCCUGAGUGCGACGGGCCUGCUGAGCGGCAGCGUGAAGCGCUUCUCCACCAUGGUGCGAUCCGGCAGAGACAACCGCCGCAUCCUGUGCUACGUGUCCGUGGGCCUGGUGCUGGUCUUCUUCCUGCUCUACUACGUGAUCUCCAGGAUCCAACGCUGACGGCGGAGAUACAAAACAAUCGGGGGGGGGGCGAGGUGUUGUGUUGUCAUACCAAAGAUGUUUAUUCAAAAAAACUAUAAAAAAAACAUGCCUGGAUGACUUUUGCUCACAUCCGCCGCAGCCAGGAUGUCCUUAUAUGGGCAGAGAGGAGGUGGAGCCUGAACACACCGCGGGUGGGAGAAGAACCAACCACAGCUGAUAGCCUCAGGCCCACGCGACGCAGUCGGGGGAAGCGUUGUUCUGAAAGUUGAAUCUAGUUUAAAGUUUAAAGUGACAAAAUUAUUCAGAGAGAAAUAUUCCAGACUGAAAAACUAAAUGCACAGAGUAUGAAGUGAAGGAAGGACGCAAACAUUAAACACGGAAACUACAUGAUUAUAUGUAUAAAACAAAUGUAAUGGAGUGUUAUGUUGGGUUUGAUGAGCAGUUUUUGUUCAGUGAGUGUUUCCUUCUAGUAAUUAAUAUGAAAUGUUGGUACCCGCUCUGUUAUCUAUAUCUUUUUUAUAUAUAUAUAUCUAUAAAUGUGUGUAUAUAUCAAUAUGUGAGUGUGUGUAUAUAUAUUUAUAUAUACGCACACACAGAGAGGGAUAAAAGAUAUUUCCUUUCUCCAUGUGUUUACAUUCCAGAUGCUAAGCUGCUGAAUGUUUAUUAUUGUUAUUAAUACACGUGACAUACAUAUAGUUAUUUAGGGUCUGGGCAAUAUGUAAAUUAAACUAACAACAAUGUAUGAUAAAAGUCUUCAAUAAAAAUUUGUAUAUUUUAAAUAUCAGAAUUGCAUGACUCUUGGAGAAGAUUAUCCUAUUCAUGGCUGAUUACAUUUACGGUUUCUUUGUGUAAAUAUGUGAGUAAUAAAUGAGUAAAAAUACUACAAUCCUAUUAAUUAUAGAUCAUGUCACAGUUGUAAUUAAUCACAAAAUACCAGAGAAAAUACUAAGUCCUCAGCGCUAGUUAUGAUUUAGAAAUAACAUUUCAUAAAACAAGGUGUAUAUUUUAAAAGGGUCUGAAUACUUAUGACUGGGAUAUUUCAGGUUUUCUUUUUUAAUAAAUUUGCAAACAUUU